CGGCGGCAGCGCUGCCUAUCUUACCGUUGGGGAUGCCGCUUAUCAGGGUGCUGUGGCGGCGGCGAUGGCGAAGAAGGGCGGCAGCGGCGAGGAGCAGCCGAAUUUGGGCCCGGAGCCGGAGCCGGAGGGGCCGCGGGUGGUGGACUGGAGGUGGAUCCGGGACAUCCUAGCGAGGCGGGACCAGGCUGCUGCCGCCGCAGCCUGGGAGGAGGGGGCCGAGGAGCGGGUUGUAGGCGAGGUAGCGGAGGAGGAGGUGAAGGAGGAGCCGGGGGAGGGCGGCAGCGGUUGUCCAUGCGGGCUGGGAGCUGCCCCCUCCCCACCGGCCGCUUUCUGUGCCUCGCCGGCCUCACCGCUGAGGCAGGUACGGCACAAGAAGCGGCGGCGGUGCUGCCCCCGCCCCGACCUCACCCGCCUGCCGGAGGAGCUCUACCCGCCUCGGGUGGCUGUGGGUGUGGGUGUCAAUGUUGAUGUGGGUGACGCUGUGGCUAGGGUGACGGCAGAGCUGGCGACUACAACGCAGGCCCCACAGCAGCGUCCGCCCCUGCCCCGGACGCUUCCUGAAGGGCUGGCAACCGGGGAGCAGGUGCGGCAACAGCAGCUGCAAUCUCAAGUGCCCCAACUGGAAACGCAUGGCUCGUGCGCGCUUGGGAAGGAUGGCGGUGGCUGCUGUGGCGGCGGCAGCAGCACCGGUAGUAGGGAUGGGGUUGCUGGCGCUGGAGGGGUCGACUUGCCGCUGCAGCAGCCUCGACGGCCUCAACAGCUGCAGCAGCAUCCCAAGGAGCCGCAUCCACUGCUGCCACAGUCUCCACCGCCGCCGCUGCAGCAGGGGCUGGGGCCAGGUGCCUACCCGGCGACACUGCUUGCCCCUUGCCCGACCGAAAGGCCGAGGUGGGAACAAGGCGAGCCCGCUCCCGCUACCCCGCCAGCCGUUGCUGCUGCUGCUGCUGUGCCAAGCUCCCCGGAAGUGCACCCAAUGACCCGGCAGCAGCAACAGCAGCAGGUGGUGGUGGGUCAUCAGGAAGGGGCUAGGUCGGCGGGGCAGCAGCAGCAGCAGCAGGGCCGGAGGUGGGAGCGGAAGUGGGAGCGAGCCCAGCCGCCACCGCAGCAGCUGCCGUUGUGCAGCCCCACUCGGGCCAUCUUGCAGCGUCUGCUGGCGGAGGAAGGGGAUGCGGAUGGCGUGUCCGAGGGCGAUGCGCACCCAAGCGGCUGCUGUCGUGUCUACCACCCUCUUCCUGCUGCGGCAGCGGCUAAAGCGGCACCCGAUGCGGAUACUUGGGCAGUUGGUAUCCGCGGCUAUGCUAGCUGCGAGGGUGCCGCUGCGACAGUGCAGCAGCAACAAGUGUUGGGAAGCAGUGCAGGUGGAGGGCGCGGGUGGUUCCCACCAGGCCUUGCAGCCCCUGCGCACGACCAGCCCGGGCUGCCCCAGCUGCCGGCUCCAGCUCUAGCCGUC